ACUUUGCUGGCGUAUCGUAUCGAUCUGGAAUUUAUGGCCUGGAGUUUGAUGGUCGUCAGUGCUACAUCUUUUCACAACCAUUUCUCUUCUCUGUUACAUCUUUUAGCUUGUCUUUCUUAUUCCUUCACCUCUUCUUUUCCCUUGUUCCCUUCCUCCCCCCCUAUUCCCGGGUUAUCGCUAGUUAGUAGUUUCCCAACCCGCCCGUCGGAGAUCAUCCGCUUAUUACAUCGCUAUUUUUCCCUCCCCUUCACCUAACCCGGCGUACCAUCCUAUUUAUUUCUAUUAUAUUCCUACCCCCUUCUCCCUUUAUAUACACAUAUAUAUACAUUCACGUACCCUCAAAUUUCGCGUACACUUUCCCUCUAAUCUCCUAUUACACUCGUUCCCCGCUUCUCAAUCUAUGACCGAAACAGAACCCCAAGGCGUCUGUGUGAGGAUAGAUCGAUAUUCGUGAAGGUUGGGUAGUGUCUAGUGGAUGAUAUAACCGCCCUACAGUGCGCCACCUCCUCACACCCUCGGACGUUAUCCCUCGACUGGGCCUGCCAACGGGAUGAAUCCGCGGAGUGUUCCUGAACAGCUGGCGACAGCCCAUACCCGAACGUGUUCGGUCUCAGAUUCCGUCGCUCCGUUCUCGAGUACGCAUUCGAGGUCGCUAUCGUCAAACAAGUCUAUCACUUCGAUUCCCCCGAAUCUCCUUCCUUCAGCACCCGCAUCGCCUCCCACUCCGGCUCCUAGUCCCACCCCUCAUCAGAGACCUCCGACGUGGCAGUCGGCCGAUGAAGAUGAUGACGCUUUUCUCCUGAAUGCCAGGAUCCAUUUCAGUUCCCUUUCCAACUUCAAAAGGCAGAAGUUUUUGGAAGGUAUUCUCAGCCUCUGUGAUAGCCAACACCUGAGUUUUGUCUCUAGUUACGUCGGUCCUCGUUUGAGGAAGGACCCGUUUCUAGUCUUUCCAACGGAAUUAUGUUUAAGGGUUCUUUCCUUCAUCGACGAUCCGAAAACACUAGCAAGAGCAUCUCAAGUAUCAAGACGUUGGCGGGAGUUACUGAACGAUGACAUCACAUGGAAGAACCUCUGUGAGAAGCAUUCGUAUGCGUCUCGUCGAUCUUCGGAGGAUGACCGGGAUUUUCUCGACCCUUUUCACACUCAGCGCAUGCAUGCUUUAUCCGGUACAGGCUCCCUGGCUGGGUCACGGAGUUCGGGUACCUCUUGUCAUCAGGCCCGGGACGGGUUUCCCGGUCUGACUCGCUCUCUGUCGGGCGACUGGCUUUCCCCAUCGAGUUUGUCAUCCCGAAAGCGAAGAGCUCGACCUUUGUCCUACAGGACCCAUUUCAAGCAGAAAUAUAUGGUGGAAUCCGCCUGGAAUAAAGGCGGGCGAUGCACCAUCCGACACAUUACACCAGACCAGGGGGUCGUCACGAGCCUGCACCUGACGCCUAAAUAUAUCGUUGUUGCAUUGGACAAUGCGAAGAUUCAUAUCUAUGAUACUAAUGGAGACAAUCAAAAGACGCUGCAAGGUCAUGUGAUGGGUGUAUGGGCCAUGGUCCCAUGGGAUGACAUACUAGUGAGCGGUGGCUGCGACCGUGAGGUUCGCGUCUGGAAUAUGGCUACCGGAGCCGGUAUCUAUUUAUUGCGUGGCCACACAUCAACCGUGCGCUGUUUAAAGAUGUCUGACCAAAACACGGCUAUCUCAGGGUCUCGAGAUACCACACUUCGGAUAUGGGAUCUGGCUACGGGAACUUGUAGAAACGUCCUUGUUGGACAUCAGGCUAGUGUCCGGUGUCUAGCGAUUCAUGGAGAUCUAGUUGUUUCCGGAAGCUAUGAUACUACUGCGCGCAUUUGGAGUAUUUCCGAAGGGCGAUGCCUGCGGACUCUUUCUGGGCACUUUAGUCAAAUCUACGCAAUCGCGUUCGACGGCAGGCGAAUUGCAACAGGUAGUUUGGACACCAGUGUACGGAUUUGGGACCCGCAAUCUGGCCAAUGCCAUGCUAUCCUCCAAGGCCAUACGUCUUUGGUGGGGCAGCUCCAAAUGCGAGGCGACACACUAGUGACUGGCGGCUCGGAUGGGUCCGUCCGCGUUUGGUCUCUGACCAAAAUGGCCCCAAUCCACAGGCUAGCGGCACACGACAAUAGCGUAACGAGCCUGCAAUUUGACAGCUCGCGUAUUGUCAGUGGCGGUAGUGACGGUCGAGUGAAGGUGUGGAGUCUGCAAAGUGGGCAGCUACUCCGAGAAUUGUCCCAGCCCGCGGAGGCUGUCUGGAGGGUGGCUUUCGAGGAGGAAAAGGCUGUGAUCAUGGCUAGCCGAUCGGGCCGUACGGUCAUGGAGGUUUGGACGUUCUCGCCUCCAGAAGAAGAUACAGAUGAAGUCGUGAUUCAGAGCUCCUCCAGUACGCCAGGAAUGCGACCUACUCAGGAUGACAGCCGACAUAGGGCGUACCUUUCCGACCCUCCGCUGGGCAACGAUGAUGACCAAUUAAUGCUGGAUGUCCCUUCGUCUUAGCACUUUCUUGCCCCUUGGUUCGACGUUUGGAGAUGACGAUCAUGUAUUCCCCCACCCCAACCCGCCGCCUUUAUGACUUUGACUUGAGCGUGCAUGUCAAAGUAACUACUUUGUUUCCGGCGAUCUCUAGAAUCUUGGCAAGGUACGCGGUCAUCAAUCAUGACCGGUCAUCGCGUACCAGGAUUUGCAUCAUGAGUGUUGAUUUUGUGAUUUGUGUCCCAACCUUACUGUUAUUCGUCCUCAUAAACCACGCAGAUGGAGUUCCGAGUGGGGAACGGUCUCCCUUUGUGCAACUAAACUCAUUACUAACCUGACGACGUACCAGCGUGAGUUAAUUCCUCAAGAAUUUUUUUUUAUUCUUAUAAUAAGUUAGAUGAUAUCCACCUCGGGAGGUGAUGUAUUUGGCGUUUAAAGGGGACUUGUGGUUGUCCCUCCCCCCUUUUGUUUGUUGCAUAAAAAGCGAAGAGAAUAUAUGGGAAACUCCCCAAUAACUUGUACUAAA